GGAGGUGGAGAGAGAGAGAGAGAGAGACUAGCUCGGCUGCAGCAGACGCCGUCGUGCUAGUGGAGGCGAAGCGGGCGCAGGGAGCAGGGAGCCCGGCAGCAGCAGCAGCAGCACGGACAGCCGCUCACUUCCGCUGCCCCAUCCAGCGCACAGGAAUGGUGAGAACAGCUGGAGCCAGGCAGACACAGAUGUGGACAGACAGAGUGGCACUUGCAGACCCCUCACAAUCCAGCACGAGAGAUUUAUACAGAUCUGCUAACAGCUGGACACUGAGCUUCCCCUAAACGGCUACAUCGUACCUGGACACAGCCUACUCAUCUCCUCUGUUUGGGUUGAGCUGAAAGCCUGAGAACACGUGCUGUGCUGGGAUUGUAAGAACCCUCAUGGGCCAUUUCACACACUGACGCACUGGAGAGGAGAACACAGGAGCUCAACCUGAAUGAGGAUUCUGCUGCAGUCUUGGAGGCUUGCUCUCAGAGAGAAAUGAUUCCACAUGAAUCGUGGCAAGCACUCUCCGACAACAGGCAUGUGUUCUGUUGCUUUCAAUUGAGAUCAGUGUCCAUCCAGCCUUAAGUACAGGAAAAAGGUCCCAUCACCCCUGGUCUUCUCUCCACCCUCACUACCCCAACAGCACCAGCCAGUCAGCAGGUGGUGCAAGCAGAGAACAAGAGAGAGUUGCAGAGGGAAAGAGUGUUAAAGAAAAAUAUAACAGGGAGAAACCACCUUAAAAAGAGGUACAGCAGAUACAUUCAUCAUGAAGUCCAACCAGGAACGAAGCAAUGAAAGUUUGCCCCCAAAGAAACGUGAAAUUCCAGCAAGUACCCUUCCUUCAGAGGAUAGGCCCAUGGUAAUGGCACCUGCCAGUGAGAGCCAGCGUGGAGGAAACGUUGCUUGGCUUGCCAGCAUGGCCAGCGGGCAUGAGAGCAACAAGCAACACACCAGCAGCUCAGCAGAAGCUGAAGGCCCUCAGUCCAAACCAACAGUGUCCACUGUUGAGUCCACUCGUGCUCCAACUAUAACAUCUACGAUCCCCGCUGUGUAUACUUCAUCAGUUUCUCAACAGGCAGGCACCAUCCAGUACUCACCCAUGCCCCCUAACCUGCACUUUAUCAGCCCCUCAUAUGCAGCACCCUAUGCUAGUUACAUUUCUCCCCUUGUGCCCCCUGCAGCCACCACCACCACAUCCUCCCAACGACACACUGAAGCCUACUCUGGCACUACCAAUUCUCCAGCACCCAAACCUGAUCCAGUAAUUUUCACUUCAGACAGCAUACCUCAACCCCAUUCCACCCAGUAUGUACAAAUUUCCAACUCCCCACUCAGUGUAGUGCCUUGUACUGCAUCCUCAUCCCAAAGCCAUCUUCCCCUUCACCUCCAACAGACACUCGCACUUAGUGGGCCCUCUCAGCUCCUGCUUCAGUACUCAGAUGGAGCCUUGUCCAAAAAGGAAGAUGGCAGAUCAAGAGAGAUGUUAAACGGUGAGCCAGAAAGGGGCCGUCGCUUCAGCCAGCUCUCAGAAUCCAAGGUCAGCAGUAUAGCCAAAGGGUCUUUAUCCACACAGCAUCACCAUAUCCACCAGCGAGACCACUAUGAGACCCGGCACAUGACGCUUCCACCAGAGUAUGCACAGGAAAACACCAAUUUGAGGAACUCGUUAGUUCUAGUUCCCAACAGUCACAACUCCAGCAGUGCUGAUCCAGGGGGGAAUGUAGACAAGCUUCCUCCCCCUCUGGCCCCGGCUGAAAAAGGAGGCAUUUGUGCAGGCAAGCCAGUUUCUCGCACUCCCUCCAGCACCACUCUUCCCUUUCCACCUCCCCCUUUACCUGUGGAUGGUCUAAAGGCAGCAGUUACCACACUUUCACCCCACGCAGUUAUCCAUACCACACACAGUGCAACCGAGCCACUAUCCCUUGGCCUCACAUCCACCAACUUCUACCCCGCUCAUCAGCCCAUUAUUGGGUACAUUGCAGGUCCAGGGCAGCCACAGCCUCUCAGUUACCACACCAGCCUGCCUCCACACUUGCUCAUCCCAGGAACUCAGCCUGUUAUUAUCCCUGUAAGUGGAGCAGAAGCUACUGCCACAUCUACAACACCAACUUUCGCUGCAGCACUGCCCCAUGCAUUUGUGACCUCAGCAGCCCCCAAAGGUGAGUCCUUUGAGACACCAGCCUCCUACCCUCACCCGACAGGUGCUGUGGUUCAGGCACAACUGCACUUGCCUAUCAUGCCAGCCACUGCGAGCCUGCCAGCUACUCCACCUAUACCUUCCACACCCUCUUUACCACCCUACUUCACCAAGGGUUCCAUCAUUCAACUAGCUGAUGGGGAGCUGAAGCGUGUGGAGGACCUAAAGACAGAGGACUUUAUUCAGAGUGCAGAAAUCAGCAGCGAAUUGAAGAUCGACUCUAGUACUGUAGAGCGCAUCGACAGCAGCCAUACACCUAAUUCUGCUAUUAUCCAGUUUGCGGUGGGAGAGCAUCGUUCACAGGUGAACGUGGAGGUGCUGGUAGAGUACCCUUUCUUUGUGUUUGGUCAGGGAUGGUCAUCUUGCUGUCCAGACCGGACCACUCAGCUCUUGGAACUGCCAUGCGCCAGGCUAGCUGUGGGUGAUGUCUGCAUUUCCCUCACUCUCAAAAACUUGAAAAAUGGCUCUUUGAAAAAGAGUCAGGGGCAGAUUUCCGAUGUUAACAGUCUUGGGCCACCUCUUAAACCACCUUUUAAAGCACCCUCAGGAGGGACACGCAGGGCAGCAAGGCACAUGGAGCACGAGAAUGGACUGGCACAGUGUGGCAGGCAGGGAGGAGUGAGCUCCCAGGCAAGCAAAGAAAACGGAGAACUAGGUUUUGGGGAGAAAGGAGCCUGUAGAAUUCCACUAUCCUCAGAUUCAAAAUCUAUCAGUAAACCCACAGGGCGAAAGCGGAGAUGGUCGGCUCCAGAAGGUCGCAAAGUCGAGAAGCCUGAAGAGGAACCACCCUCAACUCUUCCCAGACCUUCAUUUAUCCCUCAGGAGGUUAAAAUCAGCAUUGAAGGCAGAUCGAAUAUUGGCAAAUGAAAGCCAUUUUGGACUUGUUUGUCGUUUUUGAAUUGAAUGAAAAAAAAAUGACCCUCACAAUGUUCUUUUUUUUCCAGAAUAUUGCUUUUUAUAUCAUUUCAAAAUUGAUUUCUCUAAAUUUUUCUAUCCAGAUUACUGUACUGUAGGUUAAAUUAACUCAGCAUAUACGUAUCACCUUACGAGUAGAGAUUAUUGAAUAGGUGCAUUGAAUAUAUACAACCAAUUAGUGCAAUUUAUUUUGGUUGGGUAAAUUUGGGACAGUCAAGUUGUUGAAGGUGGGUUUAUGUAGGACUUCUGAGCCCUCCGGGGUACAAAAUAUGAUAUUCUCAGCCUUACAUUUUUACGUCCUAUUAUGACAUACAGUAUACGAUGAUUUAAAGUCACUCUAAACUUUAAAAAAUAUUAAUGUAAUAUUUUUAAAAAUCGUUUCAGUGCACAGACUGGUGGUUUUGCUGCCCUUUUUUAAAAAAGCAGGAGUCAGCCUGAGGCAGCAGUCUAGUUUGGUCUGGUUUGAUUGGAUCAUAAAGUAUAAAAGCCAAUCAUGUUUUAAUAUGCAAAUGAAGCCCAUGCAACACUUGUUUACCAGAGGAGGUGGACCGGUACCGGUAUGUGUAUGGUGGUAUCUCCAGUUAGCGUAUUCAUAGAAUCUGAAUAUAUUCACGAGGGUUCUUCAAAGCAAGUUUUGGGUGACUUUAAACGACACCUACUGAAGCAGUACUAGAUGCUUGUGGUGCAUUAGUCCCAGCUCCAUCCAUGUGUGAGCUUAGAAAAGGAGGUUGGCAUGGAUGACAUUGCUCAGGGAGGCAGGAUGGAAAUCACUCCUCCACUGGCUGCAGGAGUUUACAUAAUGUCAGCCAUCCUGCUCAAGCAGUCUCAUCUGAUGUUUAGACAUAGACGACAGACAAUCUGAAGUCCAUCACGAAUAAAAUUGAGGGGUUUUGAGAGGGUUCUGGGAGUUCAUCAUAGAAAAGAAGAGCAACCAAAUGCUAAGGUACAUGCUGACUGAGACAGAGAGAGAUCAAGUCAUGUCAUCAACAGUGCCAGUUGCUCCUUAGGAACGAGAAAACUAUACUAAUAGACCUGGAGACCUGGAGGAGUUUGCUUUUAUAUAUUCACCUAUUGAACCGUUUUGUUUUGUAGUUUUGCUUAUUUUUUUCUGUCUCUUUCUGUCUUUUUUUUUUUUUGCGAUGAAUGUGUACACAUUGCAAUCAGGGGUCACUUUCAGUCAUGUAGACACCGAAUGGGUUUGUGUUUAUGUAUACGUUUGAGGAUGGUUGACUUUUUGAGCUGUAUGUUGAGCAAAAAAAAAAAAAAUAGACCUUUUUAUUUUAAUAAGAGUUUAUUAUUUGAGAGAAAGUGAAAGAAAGUCAGUCACCUGAGAAGGGAGGGACAGGUGAUCGAAGCACUUAACACACCUGUCACUCUUCCCAGCUGAUAGACAGUUUAAUCAAUUUAGUCUAUUAUUAUUAUUAUUAUUAUUAUUAUUAUUAUUAUUAUAUGUCUCAAAAUGAACACAGUACUGUACAGUAUGUUGUAUGUGAGUGAUGAUGGAAUGUAGCACUCUGUGGAAAAGUCAGUUCACCCUGAUCCGGGGGCCUUGAUCUGUGAAAAGAAUGAAUGAAUGCGAGAGGUGACAUGAGGUGGAACAGUAAGCAGAGAUACAAGCGAUAGCAUUUGUUCCCAGGAAGCACUUUUCUGUUUGGGUCUAUACAGCUCUGCCUUCCCAGUAAACGGCGAGCUAAAGGCCUAGACAGCAGCAGCCGUUUUGUUUUUUGGUUGGUUUUUUUUUUUCUUAAUGUAGCCUAGGCAGAGCUGGUGAAACAAUUGCCACUGAAGUGAUUAAAAGUGAGAUGCUUAAUUAAGUGUGAUUUCAGAAAGGUUUCAGAAGUCAUGAGAUUGUCCAAAGUAUGCCAUGAGGAGAGAGAAAGCACAUGUGAGUGACUGUGGAUGCAGAAAUCUGCGUUUUGGUUCAAGGGUGUCCUAUAUCUAUGUUUGUGGAAGUGCAUGCAUGUGUGUAUUUGUAUGCAUAAGUGUGCACACACACACAAACACACAUUCACGUUUCACUUAUAUUAAUGUGUUAUAUGUCUUUUUUGUACAUUAACAUGUAUAGAAAUGCAUAUACUGUAUCUUGCCUUAGCGCAAGCAGAUAGCGUGUGUGUGGGGGUAUGUGUGCAUACUGAGUAUGUGUGUGUGUGUGUGUGUGUGUGUGUCUGUGUCAUAUAUUUGUAUGAGUGUUUUGUGUGUGUGUAUAUCAGAUAGAUAGAUAGAUAGAUAGAUAGAUAGAUAGAUAGAUAGAUAGAUAGAUAGAUAGAUAGAUAGAUAUUUCUGUUUAAAGGUAUUUAAACAGAAAUAUUUAAACCGGUAUUUCAGUGUUUCUGUUUAAAGUACAACUUAAAGAGAAUCUUGCAGUUUGCACAUCUGGAGAGGUAGUAACACAACCUUUAUGAUUUAGUUUUCAGCCAUUGCUCACCUUGCGAAGGCUGAAAGCUCAAUUUACUGAAAUGUAGCAGUUACUUGACAAGUUUGCUCGGCUUACUGGUCCGCUGUGGUUUCCCUUCACUCCUCCAUUAUUGAAUCCACAGGAACCCUUUUCAGACCAUUAAGAAGACGUUCUGAUGAUACACUCUUUAACGUGCAGACAGUGAGGGGUGAAAGGAGCCACAGCCUGAAGCCUGCACACUUGUUGAACUCUCUGAUUGUUGGCUUUGUUCAGGUGUAUUUGAGUGAAAUGGAUGGAUGGAUGGAUGGAUGGAUGGAUGGAUGGUUAAUGGGAUGGAUGUGUGAUCAGAUGGCCUGUUGGAUGGUGGGUGGGUGAACGCACCCCAUAUUUGAAAAUGCUUUAUUUUUUUUUAUAAUAAAACAGGGUUUCUCAGA